AUGCUUGAUUACCGUAACACCAUGGAUCGAGUACUAGAAAAACAUUACGCGCCGCCCAAUCGUAAUGCGGCGUUGCAAAAGGAGAAAACGGAGCCUCUGAGGAAAAGCAAGGAUGUACAGGAAUCAAAGAGCGUCAUGACACCAGAGGCCAAGCAAGCAAAGCCGCUGGGAAAGGACAGAGUGGAUCGCGAUGGCAGAGGAAAGGGCGCAGAGAGUGGCCGGGAGCGUCAAUCGCAGGGGCGCUCGUGA